AUGCAAGCUACGGUGCAUCCUGCGGCGGACACUGCAAUGGAGCUGCAGGAAAGCACGCUAGUAGAUACCUUUACUCCAACCGCACGGGAUGACGAGACACCCCCACUCAAGAAAAUGCGAUGUGAGCCGCAUCCCAUCUUGGACAACGAGCAAUUGCGGCGGAGAACAGCAUUCGUACCAAAAAACAUGCCGACCAUCCUGCGCCUGCCGUCCGGUGUGAUGAAGCAGGUUGUUUUGGAACCUGGGCAAAUCGUUUCUAUCGGCAAAUUCGGCGCGUUCCAAGCGGAGGACAUUAUCGGGCGCGCGUUUGGCCCUACCUAUGAAAUCAAGGCUGACAACAAGGUCGAAAUUCUCCGCCGUGCGGCAGCAGAGGCGCUUGUAGAAAGCGAGGCGACAAACGAGAACAUUUACGACGAUGGUGAAUCACAACUGCUUUCUUACGAGGAUAUCAAGGCCAUGAAAGAGGCCGGUGCCACGGGCCGUGAAAUUAUCCAGCGACAACUGGAGGCGAAUAAAAGCUACGAUCAGCGUACCGUGUACAGUCAGUCAAAGAUUAUGAAACGCAAAGAAGCGAAACAUUUGCAGUUUUUCACGCCGCUUGCGCCGGACAUGUACAAUGUAUGUGCGUACAACUUUGAGCGUAAUCCGGACAAGAUCCGCGGAAUGCGGCCCGAUGCACUAUCGCAAGUGCUGUCAUUCGGAAAUGUUCAAGCCGGCGGGCGUUUUCUCGUCGUGGACGGGAUCGGGGGGCUGCUCACGGGAGCCGUGCUCGAACGUAUGGGCGGCUGCGGAUCUGUGCACAUGAUCCACGACGCAGACUCGCCUCCCUCGCUGGAGCUGAUGCCCCAAUUCAAUCUGACGCCCAUGCACGUAGAUCGAGUGCUUCGUACAAUGCAUUGGGCGGCGACAGAGCCGCAAUGGCCGCUGCCUGCGCAUAUGGCGGACGAACUAAAAAAAGAGUACAAAACGGACCGCGAGCGCAACCGAGCGCGAAAGAAACGCGCAGGGAUUGAAGACUUUAUUGCAACGCGGCAGCAGCUGUUCGACGGCCAAUUCGAUGGUCUGUUGGUCGCAAGUCCUUACGAGCCCUAUUCCAUUAUCCACAGGCUUGCACCGUAUCUUGCAGGUUCUGCCAACAUCGUCGUCCACAGCCCCUAUUUACAGCCACUCGCCGAAGUGCAAGCAAGGCUGCGUGCGGAGCAUACGUACCAAGUCCUUCCUGCACGCACGCAUCCUGAUAUGACCACAUCUGCAAACGCGGGGUAUAUCUUGCAUGCGAUACGAAUCUUGAGCCCAGACGAGCCUUUGGCCGGGCCUCCACAGUGA